AUGCCACUUUUGAGGUUCAAUUAUUAUCUCCUGGCAAAAGUUUUAGCCUCCAAUUUCCAUGCUAACCAUUUCCCCUCUAUUGCUUUGACCCUUUUUUCUGCUUCUCAUUCAACCGCUGGUCUCAGAUAUCAAAGUGAGGGUAAAUGCCGCAACAUUAGGAAUUUCAAUGAUGGUUUGGAGAGAGAGGGUUCUGCUUUUCAAGAAAGCUUAAGUUUUGCUGCUAGUGUAUGUGAUGGGGUAGAAGAAGAAGAGAGCGAGGAGCGAGAGGGGUCUAGUGAUGAUGAGAGUCUUGACUUUAUCACUUCCUUUCGUGGUAGCAACCGCAAACAGAGAGAACGUAUUGCAAAAGUUGAACUCGGUGAGAGUGAAUUUAGGCACCCUUUGGUGAGGGAAGUUUGUAGGUUAAUCGCACUUAGGUCAACUUGGAACCCUAAUUUUGAAGGACACUUGAGGCACUCGUUGAGAAGCCUCAAGCCCCCACUUGUUUGUGCUGUUUUGCGCUCUCAGGCUGAUGAACGUGUUGCUUUGAAUUUUUUCUAUUGGGCUGAUAGGCAGUGGCGCUACAGACAUGACACUGUUGUGUACUAUACAAUGCUGGAUGUUCUCAGCAAGACCAAAUUGUGCCAAGGUGCGAGGAGGGUUCUUCGGCUAAUGACUCGCCGUGGAAUUGAAUGCUCAUCCGAGGCUUUUGGCUAUGUGAUGGUGUCUUAUAGUCGUGCAGGCAAGUUGAGGAAUGCAUUGCGAGUUUUGACCUUGAUGCAGAAAGCUGGGGUUGAACCUGAUUUAUCUAUAUGUAACACUACUAUCUAUGUUCUGGUGAAGGGCAAUAAAUUGGAGAAGGCGCUGAGGUUCUUGGAACGAAUGCAGGUGACUGGCAUCAAACCCAAUGUUGUAACUUACAACUGCUUGAUCAAGGGUUACUGUGAUAUAAAUCGGAUUGGAGAUGCAUUGGAGCUUAUUGCAGGAAUGUCAUCCAAGGGAUGCCCUCCAGAUAAAGUUAGUUAUUAUACUGUGAUGGCUUUCCUCUGUAAGGACAGAAAAAUUGAUCAAGUGAAGCAUUUAAUGGAGAACAUGGUUCAAGAUAGUAACUUAAUACCAGAUCCAGUAACAUAUAAUACACUUAUCCACAUGCUUUCAAAGCAUGGACAUGCAGAUGAUGCUCUUGCUUUCCUAAAGGAAGCAAAAGACAAGGGUUUCCACGUUGAUAAGGUUGGGUAUAGUGCAAUAGUUCACUCGUAUUGUCAAAAAGGGAUGAUGGAUGAGGCAAAAAGUUUAGUGAUUGAUAUGUAUUCAAGAGGAUGUAAUCCUGAUGUAGUGACAUAUACUGCAAUUAUUAAUGGAUUUUGUCGCUUGGGGAGGAUAGAUGACGCAAAAAAGAUGCUGCAGCAUAUGUACAAACAUGGGUGCAAACCGAAUACGGUAUCAUAUACAGCUUUGUUGAAUGGUCUCUGUCUUAGUGGAAAAUCAUUAGAGGCAAGAGAGAUGUUAAAUGUAAGUGAGGAGCAUUGGUGGACCCCAAAUGCCAUCACUUAUGGUGCCGUGAUGCAUGGGCUUCGUAGGGAGGGAAAAUUGUCCGAGGCCUGUGAUUUGACCUGGGAAAUGGUUGAAAAAGGGUUUUUCCCUACUCCAGUUGAAAUUAACCUGUUAAUACAGUCUCUCUGCCAAAAACAGAAAGUAAUAGAAGCUAAAAAGUAUUUAGAGGAAUGUCUGCAUAAGGGAUGCGCCAUUAAUGUUGUAAAUUUCACUACUGUAAUUCAUGGUUUUUGUCAGAUUGGUGACAUGGAAGGUGCACUAUCUGUGCUAGAUGACAUGUACUUAAGUAACAAACAUCCUGAUGCUAUCACAUAUACGACAUUGUUUGAUGCAUUGGGGAAGAAAGGUAGACUGGACGAGGCAGCUGAGUUGAUUGUAAAGAUGCUCAGCAAAGGUUUGGAUCCAACUCCUGUAACAUACAGAUCAGUAAUCCACCGUUAUUGUCAGUGGGGUAGAGUAGAUGAUAUGUUGAACUUAUUGGAAAAAAUGCUCGUUAGGCAGGCAUUUAGAACAGUAUACAAUCAGGUAAUUGAAAAACUUUGUGAUUUUGGGAACCUUGAGGAGGCUGAGAAACUACUGGGGAAGGUAUUGAGAACAGCAUCAAAACUUGAUGCUAAUACAUGCCAUGUGCUGAUGGAAAGCUAUCUGAAAAAAGGGAUUGCUCUAUCGGCGUAUAAAGUGGCCUCUAAAAUGUUUAGACGUAAUUUGGUUCCUGAUUUAAAAUUGUGCGAGAAAGUGAGCAAGAAGCUGGUGUUAGAUGGUAAGUUGGUCGAGGCUGAUAACCUUAUGUUACGAUUUGUUGAGCGUGGAAUACAACAAAAAUGA